CUACAAUACCCGGCCGUCCUCCUCUGCACGAACGAUCCAUCAGUGCACCCGGGAAUAGCUGGCGGCAGCACGUCUUUGGAGAAAGCAUGCUCUCCUGCAUAUCCGGCCCGCUAUUGGAUGAAAACGCUGAGUUGGCUAUAUCGCUGGAUAGUAAAACAGGGGUCCAAGCGAGUCUUCCAGGAGACGUCCUCCCGCCUCUACCUCACCUCACACAAAGCCGAUCCACAUCACCCAAACAGCCUCUCUCUCCAAAGUCACUCGCUCCCCUGGUGAUCCCUUCCUCGACACAUCGUCUCGCGCGGCAAAACUCACAUACCCGCCUGCGAUCCGUGAGCGAAUCUACUCCCCCAGACGUCCCUCCUAAGUCGGCGAGAAUGAAAGAAAGCUCCCCCCAUCCACGUGCCUCCCCUUAUACACCCAUGUCCUCCUCUUCAACUAGCCUAUUAUCAGCCUCAACCGCUCCAACCUCCACAUCCACCACCCCCAACUCCGCCCUUCCCAUGCCCUCCUUCCCCGCCGAAGGCCGCUCCUCGCCCAAACCCUCAACCUCAGCUCCAACAUCGAGUCCCAUGGGCCAUCUGAGAGGCCAAUCCGACGCCCCCCGCACCCUCACCCAUCAACGUUCAUUCCCGCUUCACAACCCCGGCCACCGCCGCCACGAAUCCGAAUCCAGCGCCUCGAUCAUGGACCGCGGGCGUCCCAAAAAGCGCUCCCAAACCCCCAUUGACGGCUCCCCCAUCAAACGCUCCCUCUCGAAACGCUCUCCUACCUCCUCCCCCAUCAUCACAAACACAACCGAGAGGGUAGAAAAAGAGAAAUCCGAAGAACAAAAAGCCUUCGAGCACCUCCCCUCCGGCAUCCGCGCCACAGACGCAACCACGCACCUCCCGGCCCCCGAGAUCCUGACCCUCCGCAAACAAGCCAUCGGCCAAGCCUCCCGCUUCGAAGUCCUCGCCGCCAAGGACGUCGAAGCGCUCUCCCGCGAACUCCGCGCCCUGGACGAGCGCUGCGAGUACCUCCGCAAAACGCACCGCUCGCUGCGUUCCGGACGCCGAAAUCUGCAUGAUCGCAUCUGCACGUACCUGCGGUCUCCGCGCGUGGCGAGGUUUAGUCACGAGAGUAUGCUGAAGCAAGAAGAGGCGCUGAGUGAGCUGGAUAGCAGUAUUGAUGAUUGGGUGAGCAAGCUGGAAGUCGCGGAGAAUCGACGCACGAGGGUUAGGCAGAAGCUGCUGGAGCACGUGGCGGCGGCGCUGAUUAUGGAGCCGGCUGUGGUGCCGGAGUUUAACGUCGAUGCGGAGCGGGAAUUGGUUAAGCGGCAUGUGAUGAAUAUGGUGUCGACGGGGGCACAGGACCCUAAUACGCCGCCGCGGAGCCCGACGAAGGCGAGUUCGCCGGAGCGGCUGCAGAGGGUUGUCGAGGAGGUAAGGGUUGCGAGUCCGGAGGCGACGGCGCGGAGGGGCGGGAGGGAUGUGGAGAGUAUUCGGAUUUAUGCCGAUAGUGAUGUUUAUGCGUUGAUGGCGGAUCUGGAUGAGGAGAUCAAUCGCAUGGGGGAGCAGGAGAAGAGUGAUGCAAGGGAGAGGGAACGGGAACAGGUGGAGCAAAAGAGGGAGGAUACGAUUGCGGCGGGGUUGACGCUCAAUGCUGUUACGUUUGAGGGGAUGGCGCUCCAUCAUCAGCGCUCCAAUGGGAGAAUGCGGACGCCUGAUAUUUGAAUGGAGAGGGGGAUGUGGAUGUGGAUUAUGAUGAUGUUAUGGCUUGACGCUUUUGUUCAACGCUUGUUGUUUUUUCUUACGAAGAUCCGGACGAUGAAGAAGAAGAGAUGCCGUUUAUGAUGCAUUGCGCUUGCAGUUGCUGUUGUUAUUGUUGUUGUCUUUCAUUCGCUAUUGUUGUUUGUUGAUACCAACAUUUUCAGGAGUUACAUCUUUGGCAGCCAGACGAAACCACGAAACGUCUUGGGCGAAAACUGUUGUUUGUUCAUGCAGAUACUUCUGCCAUUCUCUUGUACGGUUAUAUACAUUCUUGCGCAGCUGGCGCUCAUAUUCAAAACUUCAUUCUUUUGUAGGGUCUAGAUGGAUGGGAGGAAGGAAAAUGGUCAGAACAGAAUGAAACCAGAACUCAAAUCAACCCUCA